CAUGGUACUUCUCAUUUGAGAAUUCCUUAUAGAUUCAUUUAUUCAAUAACUGAUACUCCUCCUCCUUCAGUGAAUAAAACUCGUGGUGGUGAACGUUGGUUAACCCCAAUUUCUUUUGAAUGUAGUCCAAGUUUCUUUUAUCCUAGUGAACCAAUUGCACAUAAAAUAAUCAUGACCAUAAUACAUUUAAGAAAGAGGAAUUUACAUAAGAAAAAAUCUCCAUCUUCAUCAAUCAAUAAGCAAAAACAAAGGAUGAUCGAUUUCGAUGAAGUAUUAGAAGAUGAUUAUAUUUCAAUUGAAUUUAUGAAUGAUAAUAAUAUGAGAAAUAGGCGUUUAUUAGAACGUCAAAUGAGUCAUCAAGAACAACAAGAUGAUCAUCAUUCAUCUUAUUUCAGAAGAAAAUUUAAAUGGGGUGCAAGAAGUUAA